UGAACAGUCGUGGUUUUUCGAUCGGGACCAGAUGCGCUUUUACGCACUCCGUCUCCAGCCCUCACACACGGCGCGCUUUUUUACGCACUCUGGAUAUUUGACUCCUCAGUCCUCGGCACGAUGUCAAACGUCAGAAAACCGCAUUAUUCUAUAGGAAGAGGCUGUGUGUCAUUCAUUUUGGGCUCUUGAGGGGGGCAGUUUGUUUCUCGUCGGGAAGACGAAAUGACCAACUCAUGAAUGGUUUCAGUGGGGUUUCCUUAGUCUUUCUCUCCCCGUUCCAGUUCAGAUACUCUAGAUCUGUCUAAGAGGGAUUUAUAACUUCAGGAUUUACUUGAAAAUCGUCGGUAUCUGUGGAUCUGUCAGGGAUAAAUCACAGGGAGACGAUGGCUUUAUCGUUCCUCUACGCGCUGUGCAUGUGGAUAAGUGUAGUCUGUCCUUCGCUGGGAACAGGGUUUGUUUAUCGCUUUCCAACCAUCACUGUGCAACGGCAGCGCAUCAAAUCAGAACAGAGCGGCAGCACUGGACCGCCAGGUACCGGACCCCAUACCCAGCUCAGGAACUGGUGUCAGUAUACUGUUUCCAGAACGGUGUCCUGUCAGGUGCACAAUGGGACAGAAACCUCAGUGCAGAGAGUUCUUCAGGGCUGCCGAUGGCCCGGACCCUGCUCCAAAGUCAUCAGCUACAGAACCGUGAUCAGGCCGUCCUUCAAGGUUACCUACAAGCAGGUCACUGCGCUGGAGUGGAGAUGCUGUCCGGGGUUUGUGGGAGAAGAGUGUCGUGACGAGUGUUUGAACUGUACCAGUUUCACUGACAUGAACAGCAGAAUAAAUGCCAUUGAAUCAAAGAUCAAGCUGUUAGAAGAGGGGCGAUCAUCCCUACCGACUGCCAGCAGUUUACCAGAGGGCUCAACAGACAACGAGGUGGACGUACCCCAACCCACUCCUAUUGCCCCGCCAUCAUAUCUGCCACCAGGAGGAAGAGGGCCUCCAGGACCCAUCGGACCACCAGGGCUUCCGGGUGCAGCUGGACCUGCAGGUCCGGCUGGAAGAGCAGGCCUGCCUGGACCCGUCGGACCAAAGGGGGACAGAGGUCUGCCAGGAGAAAUAGGUCUGCCAGGAGAAAUAGGUCUCCCCGGCCUUCCUGGUCCACCAGGUCCUCCAGGGCCGAGCUUCUCUCCUAUCCGAGAGCGGGGUGACGUUUUUCAUGUGUACAAUCAAGAGGAGACCCCGGACCGUGAAGCUCUCCCAGCUCCUCAGAUUGUAGUCGGGCCUCCUGGUCCAACUGGUCCAACUGGUCCCAUUGGCCCCUCAGGCCCUCCAGGACUGAGAGGAUCUGCAGGGAUACCAGGCCUGCCGGGACAAGAUGGCAAGGAAGGCCUCCAAGGCAAGCCUGGGGAUCCUGGGCCUAAAGGAGAUCCAGGGGAGAGGGGGUUUCCAGGUAUAACAGGCGAGCAGGGCCUACCUGGAGCACCAGGGCCAAAAGGAGAGCCAGGAGAAGGCUUGAAUGAGGGCGAGGCUGUGCAGCAGCUCAGGGAGGCCCUGAAGAUCCUGGCAGAGAGGGUCCUGAUCCUGGAGCACAUGAUUGGCAUUCACGACAACUCUGAAGGAUCUGGAUUUGGCAGCAUUUUGGACCCCCUGACUUUCCCUGCCAGAAAGAUCAAGCGCCUUCAGCCUGUUCAAAGCCCUCCGGUGCUGGAGGAGAGACACAGACGAGCUCCUCUUUAAGAGUAUAGUCUAAAUUUGUAUGUAUGUGUAUAAUUUUGAUGGAUGUGGCAGAUUUUUGUUUAAAUCAUGUUUCUCGUACCUUUAUUAUUACAAUUAUUGUCAACUAUUAUUGUCACUUUUUUGUCACAAAUGAGUGCAGCUGUAAAAACAAAGCUCUUUGCAGACAUGAAAUGUUGAGCAUUUCAUCCACAUGAAAGGCUUUUUUGUAGCCUUUUUGACCCUGUUGCUGUACAAUCCUACAUAACCUGCAGCAGCACUUGUACAGUGUUGUACAAUGAAAUAUAAUCUCAUAAAGUGUUAUGAAGGUUUUGGCAUCUUUCUUUCCUCAGAUAAAAGACUGCCUAGUAAACACAUCAGUCUCCUUGGCUGAUGUUGCAAAGCUCCGCAGGCUGCAAUGUGAGUUCCAGAGAGCCGGACCCAAAAUAUACUAUUUAGUGUCAAACACAUUUUUGGAACGACCUUGAGAUUCAUCUCGUGUUAGCCUGUCAAACAUAUUUCUUACUUUCUCUUCUUUCUGUCUUUCUCUGGUUGCUCAGCGUUGUUAAAACUGAGGUAAGACAUGACAGGCUGCCAAGAAAAUCUGCUUAAAAUAAAGUUAGGUGAAAUGAAUAGCAUCUGGAGAGCGCACAUCUGGAAAGCAAACGGAAGAAAUACUGAAACAGUUUAGUUUUGGCCUGGAAACCGUGCACCCUGCUCGGCUCCAGUGCACCUUCACGCGACUGGCUGAUGGAGCACUAAAUGGGACUGGACUACGUUGACUUCUUCACAAACUGCCUCUGAGAUCUGUUUCCAAACUGAUAUCAUUAUUGUUUAGGCCUAAUGAGUCUCUGAGAGACCAAGCCUGCUGGUCUCUGAAUAAAGCUUUGACCAUGUCUGGUAGGUUCAUAUGUAAAAGGAGUAAUUUAGCAUUUCGGGAUAUAAGCUUAUCCCAAAAUUAUUGCUCUUAUUAUCGCUCUCUUGCCAGGGUAGAUGAGAAUAUCGAUAGCGCUCUCAUGUAAAGACUGAAAACAAGUGGAAACAGCUGGUCUUGCUCAAACAAAAAUCCUCCUAACAGCACUUGCAACCUCAUGGUGACAACAAUGCUGCGCUUAUAGUUAUAGUGUUCAGACUCACAUUAUGAGCAGUGAAGUAGAAAAAAAUAUGUCAGCCUCUGAUUUUGGGGGGAUUUCUGACAGCAACUUUUCCCACCUGUUGAAAAAAACUACAGAAAUGUCAAACCUUUGGAAAAUGACUGCAAAGCCACCAUUGCUGAAUACAUCUGAAUAAAAUCACUACAAAUAUGUAACACUGCAAGAUAACCAAAUUUAAAAUAAUUAUCUGGUGUAACAAGGGAGCAUUGUUAGCUUCAGACAGAGCCAUGCUAGCUGUUUCUGCCUAUUUCCAGUGUUUGUGCUAAGCUAAGCGAACUAGCUUUAAUCUUACCAUUUGAGCAGCAUCCUUCUUCUCAUCUAACUCUCAAAAAGAAAAACUAAAUAAGCGUGUUUCCCAAAAUGUCAAACCAUUCCUUUAAUUAUUAGCAGCAGAAGAGAGAUGAACCUGCCGGUAUCUGCUGUUCAGACUCUGAUUAGUUAUCUUAUGUUACAGAAGGUUGCAUCUUCCCAGGCAGGCCUAUCUUUUAAAUACAGCUGUUUUGUUGUGUCUUGUGCAUGUUUCAUUAUCUUUUAUACUAUACAAUGUCCAGGUGUGCUUUGUUGUUUAAUUUGCGAGACAUUAUGCUCACCUGUGUUCCUUUAUUGAAGUGAGAUUAAAGUCACAACAACAAAGGGA